AUGUGGCACAUUACGCCAGGCAUAGUAAAUUACAAGCAAGCCCUUGCAGUUUACUCCCCAAUUUUUGAAUGAAUAAGCACUGGUGACGAAGUAGAGUUUGAGUUCGGUGAAAAUUUUCCACUCGAUGCGAGACAUCUGAAUCGAGUUCACGAAGAGCUGGAAAAACUGAAUAUUGCAACUGAUGUAAUCAAUAAACUGGAGCUACAGCUUGAUGAGGCUCGGGCUACUUUCAGGAAGAUCCAAGCAUCGUGGUCGCAAAAAUUGAAUGAGUUAAGUCGAAAAUAUGGUUCAGCUAUUGCAAAAGGUCGUCCCUAUUAUGAAGCCAAACUUAAGGUACUACUAUGA